AUACCUGGGAUCAAAGCCUGCUAUAUAAAGUCCUUGAUUCUGUGUGGGUUCAAACACAUUUCAAAGCUUCAGGAUCCUGAAAGUUUUCGCUCUGCUUCCUGAAGACCUGAACACCGCUCCCAUAAAGCCAUGGCUUGCUUUGGCUUCCAGAGUCAUGGGGCUCGGCUGGACCUGGCUUCUGGGACCUGGCCCUGUACUGCCCUGUUUUCUCUUCUCUUCAUCCCCGUUUUCUCUAAAGGGGUGCACGUGGCCCAGCCCGCAGUGGUGCUGGCCAGCAGUCGGGGUGUUGCCAGCUUCGUCUGUGAAUAUGGGUCGUCAGGCAAAGCCGCCGAGGUCCGGGUGACGGUGUUGCGGAAGGCAGGCGGCCAGCUGAACGAAGUCUGCGCCGCGACCUACAUGGUGGAAGAUGAGCUGACCUUCCUGGAGGAUUCCACUUGCACUGGCACCUCCAGUGGGAACAAAGUGAACCUCACCAUCCAAGGGCUGAGGGCCACGGACUCCGGGCUCUACAUCUGCAAGGUGGAGCUCAUGUACCCGCCACCCUACUAUGUGGGCAUGGGCAAUGGAACCCAAAUUUACGUCAUUGCUAAAGAAAAGAAGCCCUCUUACUACAGGGGUCUAUGUGAAAAUGCCCCCAACAGAGCCAGAAUGUGAAAAGCAAUUUCAACCUUAUUUCAUUCCCAUCAAUUGAGAGACCAUUAUGAAGAAAAAAGACUAUGUUCCAAUUUGUAAGAGCUGAGGCAAUUCUAACUUUUUGCUAUCCAGCUAUUUUUGUUUGUUUGUGUAUUUUGGGGGAUUCAUCUCUCUUUAAUAUAAAGCAGGAUGCAGAACCCAAAUUAAGCGUACUACAAUUUAAAACAAAGGAGCAGAAAAACAGAGCCGGGCUGGUUCUGUCACAUCUGAUCCAAUUUUAGUAAAAGCCUCACUUGGGAGCAAUAUUGGGUUGCAGCAUUACAAUGUGGAGUCAAGACGUAAGUUAGGGAAUGGUACAGUCCCAAGGAAGCAAAGGAAGAAUUAAGAGCGAGGAUGGUAUUGUAUACAUCUUGUAUUUACCUGUGAGAAGUUUAUAGCUGAAAUGAUGUUUUCAAGUAAAAUUUUUAUGCUGUGUUAUUUUUCUUAACAAAUAUAUAAUUACAUAAAGACUUAAAAAAUACCCACAUGGCUAUAUUUUAGCCAGUGAUUCCAAAGGUUGUAUUGUAACAAUAUGUAUUUUUUAUUUGAUAGUAUUGUGCAUGGGGGCCACAUGUGCUUUUGUGUAUUUGCUGGUAGUUUGAGUAUAAACACUAUAUGGCAGUGUCUUCCCACCAUGGGUUCAGGGGAAGUUUUGUGGAGAGACUCAGGACACUAAUACACCAGGUAGAGUACAAGGUCACUUGCCAACUGGCUUGGAAACUGGAUAAGGUCAUAGCUCAUUCUUGCAGACAUGUUGGGCUGAGUUGGUGUUGACAUGGGCUUUGGGCUUUUAUGCCAACUCCUUCCACUGGUUUGCAAGGAAGCCAAAGCUGGUGGUAUCUGAGUUAACUUGAUAGAGCACCAUCAUCGUCGAGAAAAUGGCUCAUUUCAGGAGUCUUGUGGGUAUGAACCUCAAGGAAGCUCCAGUUCCAUGGGGGCCCCAAUUCCUUACACAUGGUUAAUGCCACAGACAGAAAAAAGCAGCAGAUGGCAGAACAGGAUGCGAGGGUCUCUGAAAACUAACACUGUUGGUGUUUUUUAACUUGAUAUUUUCCGUGAAAAUGCAACAACAUGUAUAAUAUUUUUAAUUAAAUAAAAAUCUGUGGUGGUUGUU